AUGUACGUCACAAUGAUGAUGACAGACCAGCUGGACUUGGCUCCGCCCCCUCUCCUGAACCCGGAGGUCCCACUGAUUCCUCACAUGGUUAACGGAGACGCAGCGCAGCAGGUGAUUCUGGUGCAAGUGAAUCCUGGGGAGACAUUCACUAUCCGGGCAGAAGACGGCUCGCUGCAAUGCAUUCAAGGUCCUGCAGAGGUUCCCAUGAUGUCUCCAAACGGCUCAAUCCCCCCCAUCCACGUCCCGCCAGGAUACAUCUCACAGGUUUUGGAAGACACCACAGGGGUCCGGCGGGUGGUGGUGACCCCACAGAGUCCCGAGUGCUACACUCCCUCUUACUCUCCGGCCCUGUCCCCCACGCACCACCUGCCACCCUACCUCACCCACCCACACUUCAUCCCCAACUCUCACUCAUUCUACCCCCCAGUGAGCCCCGGAGACAUCCCCCCACAGUACUACCAGCACCACCUGCCCCCAAUGUAUGACCAAGAAAUCAUCCCUGUUUAUGGGAUGUCCAAUUACACCAGAGAGGACACUUACACUAAACCACAGCCCAAAAAGAUCAAUGAAAAGAGACUAGAGCGACAGAACCGACUCAACUCUCCUCCCUCCAAUCACUACAAGAACAGUUUGGCCCCACAGCACAAUGGAUACAGCAGCAAGUCCCACGCUCCGAUGGUGGGGACUUUGAGCGGGGUCAUUCCUGGAGGAAAAAAGCCUGAGCGCAGACUCCGGAGCAGCCCUCGAAACGGUGAACCCGAGACGCACACACCAGAAAAUGACCUGGAUGGGAAACGAGUUCAAGACAUGCUCUCCACAAUCGAUAAACCACAGGUGUCAAAUGUCCAGGCGCGGGCCGCUCGGUUGUCUUGGGCGCCACCUGCAGGCUUGCUGAACAGGCUCAGUAAUGGCGCCCUGGUGUCCUGCUCCUACGAAGUGUCUCUGUCGGAUAAAGGACGAGACGGGAAGUACAGACUCGUAUACAGCGGGGAGGAGUUGGAGUACCAUCUUAAAGACCUAAGGCCAGCAACAGACUACCACGUACGAGUUUCUGCGAUGUACAACUCAUUCCGCGGCUCAUGUUCGGAGGCCGGGUCUUUCACCACACACUGCAGUUUCCCAGACGUGCCCCUUUCCCCCAAACUGUCCCAUCGCACAAAGAGCACGCUCACCCUACAGUGGAAGGCCCCGGGCGACAACGGAUCCAAAAUCACAAACUACCUUCUGGAGUGGGAUGAGGGAAAGAAGAACAGUGUUUUCAGAGAAUAUUACUUCGGGAGCCAGAGACACUGUAAACUGACGCGACUGUUCCCGGCCUGUGGCUACACAUUCAGAGUGGCUGCACACAACGAUAUCGGCACAAGUGGCUUCAGCACAGAGGUGGUGUACUACACCAUGGGCACGUUGCCGGCUCUACCCCUGGCUCCCAGACUGGUGCGGGCCGGAGUGUCCUGGGUCACCCUGGAGUGGGGCCGACCCGAGUGCAGCUCCAGUGAAGAACAGCUCAAAUACACUCUCGAAAUCCAAGAAGAUAACACCGGAAUGGACUUUCAUCCCAAGUACACUGGAGAUAACUUGACUUGUACUGUACAAGGUCUGAAGAGAAGUACGCAGUAUAAAUUCAGACUCAUAGCGUCAAACACAGAGGGGAAAAGCAGUCCCAGUGAAGUCCUAGUGUGCACCACAAACCCAGAUAAACCCGGCCCUCCAUCCACACCGUGUAUCACCGCGGCAACGCCUUAUGGCUUCACAGUCACAUGGGAUCCUCCGCAGGACAAUGGUGGUUCUGAAGCUCUUACAUACCUGCUAGAGAUUUCAGAAGGCUGUUCUGAAGCGAGUCCGUGGGAGGUGGUCUACAGCGGACCAGCCACAGAGUGCGUGUGUGAGCACCUAACCCCAGGAACAGUGUACCGCCUCCGGGUGUGCAGCAUCACCACCGGAGGGCACAGCCAGUGUGCUAUGAGUGUACCUGUCCGCACGUUAUGUGUCCCACCGGGCCCCUGUGUGCCGCCAAGGAUUGUGGGAAAAGCCAAGCACAAGGAAGUGCAGUUAGAAUGGGACUCCCCAACAACGGAGGGUGUGUGCGAGCAGUGUGUCUUCAGUUUGGAGAUGCGUGAAGGCGAUAGUGACCCAGCGGAGGUGUACAGCGGUGCCGAGCUGCAAUGCACUGUGGCCAGUUUGCUUCCAGGUGCAACAUACAACUUCCGAUUGCGAGCGGCCAACGAGGCUGGGUUUGGUUCUUUCUCGGAGGCAACAGAGGUGACGACUGCAGCGGGUCCUCCAGGCCAGUGUGGGGCGCCAGUUAUUACAAUGAGCAAUAACACCUGUGUAACGCUUAACUGGGAGAGUCCGGAGGGGUCGGGGAGCGACAUUUCGGAGUAUCGUCUGGAGUGGGCACGAGAAGACGAGCCCAUGGAGCUCAUCUAUUGUGGAUCUGCCACCCAGUGUGAGCUGUCGGACCUGACGCCAGCCACAGAGUACUGCUGCCGGCUACAGGCGGUGAACCACGCUGGUACAGGACCUUACAGUGACCAGGCCAGUAUCCGUACCCCAGCCACACAGCCGGACCCCGUGAGCACCCUGUCCCUUGUCGACCUGCCUAGCUGCCAUGAGACGGGGCACUUCCCCUCCACCUGCCUCUUUCUCAAGUGGGAGGAGCCACACUGCAACGGGGCAGAGAUUACAUCCUACGUGCUUACCGUGGACGACCAGACCAUCUGCGUGGAGUCAGGGACAAGUCACAUGGUCAGCGGCCUGCAGCCUGACACAGAGUACAGUGUGCUGAUCCAAGCGGUGAACGCCAUCGGCUCCAGCCCCUGCAGCGUUCCCCUACUGGUGCGGACACGGCCCCUCCCUCCGGCCCCGCCCCCUCUGGAGUGCUCCGCCGCGGGACCCCAGAGCCUGAAACUAAAGUGGGGCGAAAACAACAGCAACACGCACACACGUGCCCUGCUCUCGGACGACAUGGUGUACACACUACAGAUGGAGGACAAGAACCACAGUAACGAGUCGUACCAUGGAGAAGUCACGUAG